UUUUUGAAUAAAUUUUUUCAUUCUUGUUUUAGUUUUUUUUUGGCUUGGAUAUACAGAUAUUUUUUAGUUUACUAUUUUUUUUCCCUCUAUAUAAUAUAAAUUAUUUUAAGUAAGGCCGAGGGCCAUAAAGUGAUAAAGAUAUUUCCCAAGUUUUAUUUAUAUCAGAUAUCGCUUUAAUUAAUGUGUUUUUCAUGAUUUAUACCAUUUAAUUUACAGUUAAUAUGACGUUAAACAAUGCAAUAAGAAAAAUACUAUCAAGGAGCAGCGACUUUUGUUGCCUUUGCUUUGAGACAAUAAAUGGUACGGCCUUUUCGCCUACCAAUGAAGUUGUAGUUAAUGUGAAUCAAACCCAAAACAGCUUUUCAAUGUCCGAUGUAUUAUCUACUGUUGUAGGAAAAGAAAUAUUGAACUAUGUAUCUACAUUUGAAACCCUAUGCACCAAAUGCACACAAUCUGCAAUUAACAGUUACACAUUUAUGGUACAAAGUAAAGAGAAUUCGGAGUUACUAUGUAAGGUGUUGAACACACUCAAACAAAAUAUUGAUGACACUAUUGAAGAACAAUUGAAUUGCAAAACACUGUUUGUGUCUGUGAACACAGAAACAUUUACUGGUAACCAACAUUAUGACAAUAAAAGACCUGUGUAUAAUGCAAGUUCAGCUGUGCGGAGAUAUCGGUCCUUGAUCAAUAAUAAACAAAAACUUAUAAUGGGUAUGUUUUGCCCUCGGCGCAUAAAGAAAGAAGUAAAGAAAGAAAAACUAAGACAUACAGUUCCAAUAGCAACUUCAGAUAUGUUGUACGAUAAAAAUGAUCAACAAACUAUAAAAUGUAAAGAAUGUCUCAAAAUUUAUCCUACAGUUUUGAAAUUACGUACUCAUUAUAUAAGAGUGCAUGCUCCAAAAGUAUUCAAAUGCACAGAGUGUCCAAGAAAAUAUGGGUCUUUAUCAUUUUUACAGGCUCACAAAGAGGAAAGUCACUGUACUAUUGUAUGCAGUGAGUGUGGCAAGACUUUCCACAAUCGGAAUACACUAAGAAUGCAUGAAAUGGGUCAUCAUAUGCGAUUUGUGUGUCAACACUGUGGCAGAAUUUAUAAAAAUAAAAAUACAUUCAAGAAGCAUAUAGAACUUGAUGUGUGCAGUAAAAAAACUAGAGCAUCUCCGUCAGAAGCAAAGUUUACAUGUGAUUAUUGUAAUAAGAAAUACACUCAGAAAGUCUCAUUACGUGUUCAUAUACAAUUUGAACAUGGGAACUAUAAGGUGCAUGAAUGUAAAUGGUGUAAGAAGAGAUUUUGGGCGCAAAGCAGACUUAAAGCUCAUAUAGUGAAACACACUCAGGAAAAGAACUUUCACUGUAGUACAUGCAAUAGAAAUUUCGUCACAAAGGAGUCAUUACUCUAUCAUACACGUAUCCAUACUGGAGAGAAGCCGUAUGAGUGUUCAGAAUGUGACUCCAGAUUUUUAUCUGCUUCUCGACGAGCUGAGCAUGUCAAAAGACAUCAUAGAGGCGCGACAAUUCAGUGUGAUAUAUGCAAUAGCAAAUUUAACUCUAUGAAUUUUUUGCAAAAGCAUAGACGGACACAUUUCAAGAAUGAAAAAAGUACACAACAAAGUUUACUCUUAAGUAAGGAGAAAAAUCAAUUAGGUGAUGAUGUAAAGUCAUUUGUGAUGACCCAAGAGGAAUAUCAGACGCACCAGUUACUUCCAGCAGUUUUUGAUAACGACUUUGAUAGCCGCAUGCCAUCUGAUGAAGAAAUAUAUCUUGAAAUAUCAAAUCAGUACAUUAAUAAAUGAUGCAGUAGAUCAGUACAUUAAUAUAUAGUAAUAGAUGUGAAGUAAGAAUUAAUAACUUAUUAAAUAUUAUGCAUAAAAUUAUCAAAUGUAAUAAAAAUAUACCUAUUUCAUAAUAUAUUCUUGAUCUCAUAAUAUAUUCACAAUGUAAUCGAAUGAAAUAAAA